GCCAUUAACUUCCUCACCUCCGUCCACAGCCACGCUCUCCCUCUCCUCUCUGGCAAGCUAGCAGCGGGCUAGCUCUGCGGCCGUGCAGUGAGUCGAUCAGGAAGAUAGACGUGCGCCGCGGACGCGGUGGCCGGCCGGUUGGGGUGGCCAAGAGUGGAGGCCGAAGAUGCUGCAGGCGGCUAGGUACUUGCUGGGCUCCUCGGGCGCCAGCGGGUUCGGCUCCAAGUCCACCGCCGACGAGGUCACGGCCGCCUGCCCCGACCUCUGCUCCCUCACGGCCAUCAUCACCGGCGCCACGUCGGGAAUCGGGGCGGAGACGGCGCGGGUGCUGGCCAAGCGCGGGGCGAGGGUGGUCAUCCCGGCGCGGAGCGUCAAGGCGGCCGAGGACAUGCGCGCGCGCAUCCUGGCCGAGUGCCCCGGCGCAGACGUCCUCGUGCUGCACCUGGACCUCAGCUCGCUCGCCUCCGUCCGGGACUUCGCCCGCCGCUUCCUCUCCCUCGGCCUGCCCCUCCACCUACUCAUUAACAACGCCGGCAAGUUCUCGCACGGCCAGCUCGCGCUGUCCGAGGACGGCGUGGAGAUGACCUUCGCCACCAACUACCUCGGCCAUUUCCUACUGACGAAGCUCCUGCUGGGGAGGAUGGCGGAGACUACGGCGUCCACGGGAGUGCAGGGCCGCAUCGUGAACGUGUCGUCCAGCGUGCACGGCUGGUUCUCCGGCGACUGGGCGGACUACCUCCAGCUCGUCACACGCCGCAAGAUACCCUACGACGCGACGCAGGCCUACGCGGUGUCCAAGCUUGCCAAUGUGCUGCACACCAAGGAGCUCGCCGCCCGCCUCCAGGAGAUGGGCGCGGACGUGACGGUGAACUGCGUGCACCCGGGCAUCGUCAGGACCCGCCUCAACCGCGACAGAGAGGGCCUCGUCACUGAAUUCGUCUUCGUGCUGCUGUCCAAGCUGCUCAAGACUAUCCCACAGGCUGCGGCGACCACGUGCUACGCGGCGGUGCACCCGAGGCUGGCCGGCGUGUCCGGCCGCUACUUGGCCGACUGCAACGAGGCAGUGCCGUCGCCGGCCGCCGCAAGCCGCCGCGAGGCCGCGCGGCUCUGGCAGGCGUCGGAGGACAUGAUCUAUGCCUCAAGCAGUCAACCGGACAGGAACAUCUGAGUAACCGACUAGUUGGUGUCCAUCAACCGUAUAAAGAUCAUAUUCCUCGCUCGGUUCGUUCUGCUUCAUAUUAGUGAUCGUGUUUCUGUAAGAUCCAUGUGUAUUAUACUACCACAUACUAGUAGACUAGAGGUUGUUGACUUGGUGGUCGGUGUAGACUGUAGUACUCCUGUAUUUUGUCAGUGAGA